AUGGGAUUUGGCACCCGCUCCUGCAUGGUGUUCUGCUACUUGAACGCUGUAUGUGCUAUAUUUAUUAGCUACUUGUUCAGCAUAGGCAUCAGCUCGAUGGCUAUCGCCUCAGUGAUCAACAAAUGGGAUCGGCAAGAAAAGGCGCGGGCGUGCCGCAACGCCGGUAUUUUGUACUUUAUCGUGGCUGUGGCCAUGACGGUUAAAGAUAUGAUAGACACCUGCCGUGAGCGGCACAUGAGCAGAGGGGUGAGCCAGCGCAUGGCGGAGUAUGGCGUGGCUGACGGACCUGCCGGUACCGCGGAGGCAAUAGCGCUGCUUGAGCGUCGUGCUUACGUCCAGAGAGGGGGUGCACGUCGCAGCGAUGCUGCCAGAGGUGGUGGCAGUAGCAGCGGUGGCUACGGUAGUGUACCGUAUUAA